UCUAAAGUCAUGUUUGAAAAAAAAAAGUUCUAAAAUAACAAUACUAGUUUUUAGUUCAUUCUAGGCUUUUGCUGCCCGUUUGUCUGUUAUUAAGGUAAUUACGUCAUAUCCGUAGAACGGGAGGAACUCCUCGCUUGUUCAGCCAUGAUUCGGUGUGUGUGUGUGUGUGUGUGUGUGUGUGUAUGUUAGCGUGUAGCCUCUUAUAAGCUACGACAAACGCGAUAGUAUCAGGUUGUGUACCUUCUAUUUGUAAAUGGGCUACCUUACUUUGGUCAGAACAAGAAGCUGGACGCCUUUGCAAGGUAGCCUAGAGCGGUGAAGUGGACAUCUCGGCAUAUCCUUUAUACGUAUACUAUGUUGAGUGUCGUUAACAUACGAGCUCAGAUUUCCUCUGUUAUCGAUGCACUGUCCAAAGCUGCUGUUGCAGAAAUCGCCAAAGUUGUCGAAGAUGGCAUGGUGGUGUGGCGUUUGGAAAUAUGCCAACGCGACAAUGAGAUCCUAAAGCUGAAAGACAACAUCGCCGUUCUCAACAAUGAGCUGAAAGCAGCGACUGGGGGUCAAGAUCGAGGGAUGAUCGUUCUUACUGAGGAUGACCGACCAGGGAGUGAUGUCGCCAAUGAUGCCUGCAAUGAAAACGUGCUUGACAAGGACCCAAGCAAAGGGUCCACACCUGAGGUACAAGUCAAGAGGGAGCCUGGAGAGAAGACCGUCACCGACGCCAGAGAGGCCCUGGCCCAGCAGGGAACAGAACAGACCCGCUUUGAAAGGGAAUCUGGAACGUGGAGAGCAAACUCCAUGUACAACGCAGCUGGACUCGGUACUUCUGACUAUUUGGGUUUGGCAGAGGGCCUCCCGCCUGGUCCAUCGGCUCCUCCAGGAGUCGGCAGCUCCUCUAGCGUUGUUGUCGGCUCAGGGGCUGUACAGCAAAACUCUGCUGCCCGUGAGCAGCUUGCGUUCAGCUAUUAUCGUAACAAUUACAACCCGGUCCGGUGGAGGAACAUUAAGAGCUUAAUGUUUAAGAGGGGCUUCGCCUGUCUCUACUGUGGCAAGAACUUCAGCCGGAGGGCCCACCUCGAAAGGCACAAACUGAUCCACACUGGCGAGAAACCGUACGUCUGUGAGCUGUGCGGUCGGCGAUUCAACCAGAAGAGCAGCGUCAAGGAACAUAUGAAGAUACACCAAAAGGGUCUUCAGCUCAAACCAGAAAUACAAGGCACAGCUGAACAUCAGCAAGAUCCUGAAGAGAAAUUUAGUGCAGACACCCCCCAUGCUGAAAAUGGGGGCCAGUCUACAGUUAAAGAUGAGCUGCUGCCUGAAGAAGCCCAUCCCACCACACUAGGUUUUCCAGUGAAGUCAGGACCUGAGGUGAAAGUGGCAGCCCAACCCCUGAACCCAUGUCCCGGUGGAAGUCAUCCAGCCAGGGAGGCCAGCGGGAGCCCGGCGGAAGACGCCAAGGUCUUCGAUAGAGACCGAGAGUUGUGGCCGCCGGGGCCUCAUGUGAAGAAGAACCCGGGCACAAGCAACGGCGUCAUGGGGAGGAGCAUGCCCUCUGGGUCGGGACACGGCUCCUUACAUCCUGCGACCCCACGGGAACAUUUACGGCCCUUUAACAUGUCGGUGAAACCGUACCGAAGUCCGAGUGACAACGCCACUUCGCUGACGCGAUACUCGUCGCCGGGGUCGUUCGGUGAGACGGCGAUGUCGGCAAACUUCAACUGCAUGCCGUGGCAGCCGCACUGGGCACGGAGGAACCCCUCCUUUGAGCCGGCCAAGCCCAAGAAGUGCUUUGUGUGCCCGUUCUGCUGCAAGGUCUUUGAGCGCAGCGGACACCUCGAGAGGCACGUGAGGAUCCACACGGGUGAGAAGCCGUAUGGCUGCCAAAUUUGCGGGAGGUUCUUCAAUCAGAAGGGCAGUCUGAAGAUCCACUUGAAGACCCACAGAACUGAACAGAGCAUAGAAAUGUUGGAGGCACUGCAACAGGAAGGCAACCCCCAACCCCAGAUGAUCGCCGGUACGUCCAUGUCCGGACCGCCCGCCUUGGGGGGCCGCAUCCCCGACUCGCCGUACGACGCCGGCCGCGGCGAGCCCCCGGUCACCGUGAAGCUGGAGCCCGAGACGGACUACGUUCUACCGCCGGGAAACGCCCAGGGCAUAGCGGACGACGCCAACUUCCUGUGGACCUCGAUCAUCGAGGACGGCGGCCGUAGCCUCUCGCCGCUGGCGUCGACGUACAGCGCGCACGCGGCGAGCGUGGUGUCGAACAUGGUGAAGGACUGGUUGGGCCCCGGCAGCGAGCCCGGGGCCCACGGGGGCCACGGGUCCCAGGACAAAGAGGUGCCCUCGGUGAAGGGCAAAGAGGAUAUGGAGAUGAUGCUGCAGGAGCCGUAUACGGGCAUGGACCCUUCCCAGGAGGGUGCGUCGCCGUUCGAGGUGCCCGACCUGAACGCCCUGGACGAGGGCUGUAGCGGCGACGGGGACAAGCAGAACGGCUUCAUCUGCUUGACCUGCGGGACGAGCUAUGAAUGCUGGAGUAACUUUGAGAGCCACCAGUGCAAAGAUCCCAGUUAGUAGGUUGAUUUGGCGAAUCCUGUUUUCUAUUUAAAAAAAUUAGUUGCGUAGUUUGCAACGAUGAUUUGUUUUUUUAAUAUUGCAUAUUCAAUACUUUAUAGUGCUGUCGACAUGUGCAAUUUCGAUUUGAGUCGUUAAGGUGGUCCUUCCUUUUCUUUUGGGGAGAAUUCUGACACAGGCCCCUUAUGCCGCUUUUCCACCGCACAUGUAGCUCGACUCGACUCGACACGACUCGACACGGCAGCAGCACGGGUCGUUUUCCACCGCAAAUAGUACCUCCUGGACGUGGGCGGGGUCGGCUGCGCGAAAGGGCCGUGUCGUAUUUUUGUACGCGACGCAGACAACACCUACGCAACCCACACAUGGACAGAACCCGCAUAAUGGAGGACAUCGAUAACAUUACUAUUAUUAGCUGGCAUGUUGAAGAAGUUGAAGAAGUGGAAUAUGUUGGCUGCGGCGCUGCUAUGGCUGUUACCAGCAUGGUUGCCAUGUCGCUCUCGUGACUUCGUCACACUCUGGCCAAUCAGCCGUCUGCCGACGUCACCUUUUAGCAUCGGCUCAGCCGCUUGGAACCUAGAGCGAGGCGGUACUAAAAAAAGCAGCCACUUCAGGUACCAGAUACCGUGUUUUCGCGGUGGAAACGCAAAAAAUGCGAGCUGAGUCGAGUCGAGCUGGUACCAUGCAGUGGAAAAGCGGCAUUGGAAGUCAUGGGAACUGGGGCCUUGUUCAAUGUCACAUUACAUACGUUUGUGCGUAUGUAAAUACUGCCUAGGUGUUGUGCAUGAAAUUGUUACAAAAGAAGGAAAUACAGUCCUUUCCGAGUGGUGUCCUAUGUUGCACAGUUUCUCUGUUGAUCUGCAGCUGUCAUACGGUAGCCCAGACAAAUUAAAGUGAAUUUGAAGAUGAUUGUGUUGAAACAUAACCUGGGUUGUCUGUUAACCUCUUUGAAGUUUUGACCUUUUUUCUGAAAGCUCAAUUUUAAAUUCUAAUAUUUAAGAUUAAAAAAGGAAAUGAUAAAUUA